GUCUACUCCAUGAUGCAAAAUUUUGACUUGGGGAGGCAAUGGCUGAUUUUGAUAUUGAGGCGGAGAGAUCUGAUGCUUUUGUCCCGGACUGCAUGAGCCAUGAAGAUGGGCCUUUUCUACCCCACAGUCUCUCAAAAUCUGUUACCUUAUGGGUGCGGAUUGGGCUGUUUUCACAGCCCUCGAGUGGACUCACAGAGAUUUAAGGUACGUACUGGAAACCCCCUGGCAAGCCUGCCCCAUGCCACACCGCAGCCUCGCAUUGCCAUGCAAGACAGUCAGCACCCCCUGGACGACGAACAUUUUUGCUCCGACCAGGCUGGAAGGGACUUUUCGGUACCCAGCGUUGAUGAUGAAGUCCCUGGGACAGGGGUCGCAGUUCCAGGGCAAGCCAAUCGAAGUGGCAGUUUGGUAUCAAAGCUCGCGGGUUGUGUCACGACAUCCGACCUCACUCCACUUUCUUCGCUGCUGUCGAGACAUCGGAGAGGGCCAGCAACCUACGGUACUCGGAUGGGCCAUGCCAUGUUACCCGCUGUCGGAGUGAGGACUGGGAUGCUUGGGACCUCGACUGCCCUCUCAAAGUCGGGGGAAAGGGGGGACACACGAGGCUGGAAACGAGCUCUCGUCCCGAUCCCACGCCAACCCUCGAUGCGGACAGGGUCUCUCUUUCCCAUAUCCGGUGCAGAUCUAAGUCCACAGUCUGUGGACCACAGAUCUCCCCAGCAGACCACUGAGCAGCCGCCGUGCUCCCUGCAUGGCAAAAAAUCUCUGGCAGCUUGCAUGGCAAAGCAGUUGCAGCUAGUCGCGUGUUAAUGCCACCGUCAGUAGCGUGGGCGUGUUUCUUUUCGUCUUGGGUAUGGUCCAUUCGAGGUCACUGCUCUUGGCGUGGCUCCUCUUGGGAGCUGCGUGGGUGGACGAAGCCAUUGCUGGGCCGGUGCAAGUACUAAAGAGCAUGAGAUCCCCCCGAUCCUUCUUCCGCCAGUCCUGUCUAGCUGUACAUAGAUUCAUACUAGCUACUAGCGGAUCCAGCUACUCUUCCGACCCGAAGAGAG